UCUGAAACGCGCUGUGUGCACUAUGGCUGUGGCUUCGCCCAGAGGCGCAGCCGCACGGUAACUCCAGGGCGCCGGUACGACGCUGCGGGAAUCGCAGAGAUAUUUCCGCGAGAGGACCAGUAGAUCCAGCAUUUUCACAGUCUCCCAAAGGCAACCGAACAGCAUUCCUUUAGAAAAAAGCUAAGCGGGCUCUCCCGUGGAUUACAUUCACGUUAUGAAACCGCGAACACAUGAAAGUUGAACUGCGCCACUCAGGCAGACUGGAAACAUUUUUUCCCCAAGUUUUCAUCUGAACGUUGGAUACACAUAUUUUGGAUUUACUUUUAUUUAUUUUCUUUCCGAAUAAUUUAUUUUUUACGCUUCCAAAUGUCACCACUUUAUAAAGCGUGGAAUCCGAAUAUUUUCCCGGGUGUGUCUGAAUGUUAUCGGCGAUUUUUAAUGUUUUUUAUUUAUUAAUUUUUGGAGCCUAUCGCAGAUGGAGACUUGCCCCGCUGAUGUCUGAAGAGCCUCUUUAGUGCUCUUGCUUUCCGACUUCGAAUAAAACGCAAGCGGAUUUGUGAAGAUAAACUUUAUCUCACUAAAAAAAAAUCAUAUGGUGGCAGGAUUGGUGAAAGCCCGAAACGAAAACCUUUAAAAGGAAAUCGCAUUGUCUACUGGCGCGUGGGUUUUCUGUAACUGUUCAUAACUGACACUUUUCACAGACCCGAUCUAGCUGGUGGAGGAGGGGUGAAGGAGAGCCCUGCGUUCUAAGACCAUUGAGAAAAAAAACUUUUUUAUUCUCGCUCAAAGUAGUGAAGAAGCUUGUCUGUCACAUUCGGACAUACGUUAUAACUGCGGCACGAAAUCCGGAUAGGUGUGAAUUUCUCCACAGGAUCGCAGUGUUUUUUAAUCGCUCUGCUGUUGACAAUAGCGGUGGGACAAGCGAGUUGCUGGAACCCGGCGCUGGAGAAUGAUGCCGCGACGAUAGCAGGCACACACACAAAAAAGCAACAACACCACACACUUUCACAUAGGCACGCACACACGCGCACGCCCGCGCGCGCACACACAUACACAUAGUACAGAGAAAAAAUACAUAGGCAAGUUGACUGUUUUCAGCGUCAUUCCAUUGGACUAUAUCAACUAAGAUACGUCUGUAGGAUUAAUUUAGUUUAGAUUUUUAUUAGAACUAUUUAUAUUUUUAAUUUUUACUUUUUAUUUUUUGAGAUUUUUUUCUGCGAUCACAACUGCGUUUUCUUUAACAAUUUUGGGGGAAAAAGGCAAUUCACUUUUUUUAACCAAAAGGCGCGAGUCUCCUGUGUUUCAUAAUAGCUGGACCUUAACAGAAAAUUUGAAAAAAGAGGCGCUUCCUUCGCAAAUAUUUUUAUACAAAUUUUGCUAUUUAUUUUCCCCUUGUCCCUUAACAAGCUUUGAAAUUCGCUGUGGAAAGGAGUUGCUAACACACUGGCCGGGCCGCCCCCCAACGCUAAAAGACUUCUCCGAUGGAAAUACACUGUAAACACGACCCGUUCGCAGCAAUGCAUAGACAUGGUGGGGUGAACCAGCUGGGCGGCGUGUUUGUGAACGGGCGCCCCCUGCCUGACAUGGUCAGGCAGCGCAUCGUGGAGCUGGCGCACCAGGGGGUGAGGCCCUGCGACAUCUCCCGCCAGCUCCGCGUCAGUCACGGCUGCGUCAGCAAAAUUCUGGGCAGGUACUAUGAGACAGGCAGCAUUAAGCCCGGAGUCAUCGGAGGAUCCAAACCAAAGGUUGCUACACCCAAAGUUGUCGACAAAAUCGCCGAGUACAAACGCCAAAACCCCACCAUGUUUGCCUGGGAGAUCAGGGACAGGCUGCUGGCGGAGAGAGUGUGUGACAAUGACACCGUGCCCAGCGUCAGCUCCAUAAACAGGAUCAUUAGGACGAAAGUCCAGCAGCCUCCUGGCCAGCCAGGCUCUGUCUCCUCUCACAGUUUAGCCUCCACGGUCACGGUGACUCAGGUGUCAGCGGUGACCAGCGACUCGGCCGGCUCCUCCUACUCAAUCAGCGGGAUUCUGGGAAUCAGCCCCGCAGCCGACGGCAGCAAGCGAAAGAGGGAGGAAGGCCUGCAGGAGUCGCCGCUGGCCAACGGGCACUCCCACCCGGGGCGGGACUUCCUGAGGAAGCAGCUGCGAGGGGACCUGUUCACGCCUCAGCAGUUAGAGGUACUGGACCGAGCGUUCGAGAGACACCUCCUCCCUGACCACUACCCCACCCCUGAGCCCAGCGAGCCCCAGGAGACGACGGACUAUUCAGCCAUGGCCACCCUGGCCGGGGGCCUGGAGGAGAUGAAGAGCAGUCUCGCCAACGCCGGGGGGGCCGACCUGGGCACCAGCGUCCCCGGGCCGCAGUCUUACCAGCUGGUGUCAGGUCGUGACUUAGCGAGCACCACGCUGCCAGGGUAUCCUCCGCAUGUGCCCCCUGCUGGACAGGGCAGCUACUCCACCCCUGCGCUGACUGGCAUGGUACCGGGUAGUGACUUUUCUGGCAGCCCGUACUCCCACCCGCAGUAUUCCACGUACAACGAAUCCUGGAGAUUUCCCAACCCCGGCUUGUUAGUGUUCCAGCAGGACUAUGGUUCACGCCUGGGCACCGAGAUUGGAUGCACCUCGGGGCUUUUUGCCAGCCAGUCGGGCCAGAUGCAAGGGUCUCCGUACUACUACAGCACAGCUACGCGAGGGGCCGGCCCAGCCGCCACCACCACUGCCUACGACCGCCACUGACCCGCCGCUCCGCGAGAGAGGGGGACGACAGGAGGGAGACGGAACGACAGCGCCAGCGCCGCCCAGCAUAUGUCUGCCCCGAGGGAGGGGAGGGGAGGGGAAGGGAAGCACUCGUUUUUUUCUACAAUUUUUUUUUUUUUUUUUUUGUUUCGCCAAAAUCAAUCCGCGCCGACGCCGUAGCUGUCGACUCUCACCCCACGCGGUACGGAGAUCACCGCGCGUUUCCGUCUCUGCCCCCACCCUUCCCGCAUUUAUCCGCCACUAUCCGCUCAGAUUGUCCUUAAAUCAUUUUUUGCCAGGGAAAUGCACAUCAAACGACAUGAAUUUCAUGCAGAGUUGAAACAUCACAUGUAUUUCUGAUACCCAUAAACGAUACGUUUGCAUAUUUGACUGAUUUUGAAGGGUGUACCAUGUUCUUGCACCCCUGUGUGACUCACUUAGUGGGGAUUUCAUAAUUAAGAUUUUCGCUUUUUUUUGCCACUUGCAAGGGGUUUCUUAACAAUGAGGCUCUACACCUUCCUCCAGAACUCACAGUUUCCCUACAUAUCCCAACUUCACAAAAGCCACAACCCUUACCAGAAUACAGGCUGGCCAUAUAUAACAACAACAUUGAAAGGUGAAGCCAAUUUAAAAAGUGCAGCUUCUAGUCAAACUACACAAGGCUGACUCACAGUAAUUACACAAUAUCAUGUGUGUAUCUGUGUGCUGUUAAAGAUACUCAGUAAGCACAUGUCUUAGAAUGCAGUGUUAGCAUGCCAGUACAGCUCGUUGAUAACGUAGCGUGUAACAGGGCAUGUGUUUGGAGUUGAGCGAACAUGAAUUUCACUCAUCUGAACCUUUUAAAAUUACACCGCUCUGCGUUUCAUGUGUCAUAGUCUGUGCGCCUUGCUCUAGUAGCACUCUGACUCAUGAAAAAAAUUCCUUGCUUGGAGGCUCUCCUUCAUUGUCUUUGAACCAUGAGCUAACUUAACAAAAAAAAAAUUAUAUAUAUAUAUCUAUUUUUAAAUGUUUGUCUGUGGCAACACACUCUCCAUACUCUCCUUCAUGUCCCUCUCCGUCAUACUUUCGGUCAUUUUCUUUGCGACAGUAUUUGGAGAACUGUAUCUUGUAGCACGCUAGCUGUGCCCGUUUAGCACGAUGUUAACUCACAGUUGCGUGGUGGUCCAGCAGAGCGUGCGCUAUGCUCGCGGAAGAUGCUCUGACAUAAUACUCACCUGCUCUGCACUCUGUGAAAAUUACAUUUACCCCAGAUCUCUCUGUGCCUAGCUCAUGUGCUCUGGUGCAUGAAGAAGUACAGUGAAGUGCAAAGUCAUGAUACUUUUCGGCCAGCAGCACUAAAGAUACAAAAUCACAUGCAUAUUGAGGUGCGUGAAAAAAUGCAACUAGAAGUAAUAGUUAUGGCAUAUAAGGAGACACCUUGUGUAAGCAAACCCCCAGCUGAGACCAGCAUCAUUUUUCAUUUUCUACAUGAAGUCUUCCUCGUGAGAAUUCUUUCGAUCUCGCCCCAGUUGAAGUGCUUCUAUCUGAUCCCCCUUUGAACUGAGCAUAGGGCUACAUGUUGAGGUGAUCGUAAACUCCAGAGAUAUAACCAAGAAGGCUGCUGUCCUCCUUUGAGUGCCCCUGCCUAGCGCCUGAGCGUUAGACUAAUCCAACCUACCGUGUUCUAGCGCUGCGUUAGAUCCGUUCCUGAGAACCGUGACCUUGUGGAGUCGCUGCAUUUCGAGCGGUGCUUUCUAAUUCGCUCGGGAAGAAGGGAUCGCAGUGACAGUAAAGACAGGCGGGCUUCUGUGCAGGACAACCGAUGUAGCAUUUAUCAGCGUUUAUCAGCGUUU